GCUGUGGGGUGAGAAGUAGAGGGGCGACUUCGGGGUUUGGCGGUAGUGACAAUGCCAGUUCCUCGCGGGCGAGUUGGAGUCGAAGGCGACUAUCGAGUGAGACGAGCUGCCAGCCCUGGCUCAUCGUGUAGUGCCUAGUGAAACGAGAUGACGGGCUCGCGGCUGAGACCCGCGUACUUCGUGGGCCUCUUGCUGGCCUUUCUAGCCGUCGCCUUACAGGGAGUGCAAAGCGAAGAAGAGCUAGAAGUGCCGCCAGAGGAUCUGUGUCGACCAUAUAUAGAGAAGGCAUUAAAGGAUCUCGGUACAGGAUCUUUGGAGCAGACCAGUGCCGAGGCCGGGACCGACGUCGAUAAAGAGAGUCAAGAAGAUGAAGCAAAACCUGCGAGCGAAGAAGAAGGUAAGCCUUCAAAUGAAGAUGUGGCAGCAGAAGAAGAUAAACAAGAAUCGGUAGAAGAAACUGGAGGCGCAGAAAGUGGCGAACAAGAUGUGCAAAGUACUGAAGCUGGAGAAGAACCUGGAGAAAGCGCCGAAGCAGGUGAAGCAGAAGAAGGUGAAAGUGAGCAACCAGAUGAAAAGUCUGGAGAAGUAGUCAAAGAAACCGAGGAGGAUAAGGAGGAAUCUGUGGAGCAAGCGGAGGAGGGUGGUGCAGAUUCUACUCAGGAAGGAACUGAAGAGGAUAAGGAUGUAAAAUCUGGUGAAGAGGAAAAAUCGGAGGAGGCAGCACAAGUGGAAAAGUCUGAGGAAGAAGGACCAGCGGAUGCUGGAAAAUCAGAAGAAGAAAUACAACGGGAUGCUGAAAUCGAUGUAGACGAAGGAAAAUCCGAGGAAAAAUCGCAGGCUGACGAUGGAAAAUCCGACGAAGUACAAGCCGAAGGAGAAUCGGCUGAAGAAGCGAAAACCGACGAGGAGAAAUCCGACGAAGAAGCUAAGACCGAGGAGGUGAAGUCUGACGAAGAGAAAACCGAAGACGAGACGACCGAUUCGAAGGCGGAAGAGACAGAGGAAGCAGUUUCUAAAGAAGAAGCUGAAAAAGACCAAGAUAGCAAAACUGAAGAGGAAGGUCAAUCAGCGGAGCAGCAAGUAAGCGGAGAAGAAGCGAAGGAAGAGAGUAAAGAAGGUGAAGGUGAAGGUGAAAGUACAGAAGGCCAAACAGAAGAGGAAGCAAAACAGAGCGCAGAAGCUGAAGAAGGUAAGUCUGAAGAAGAAACCGCAAAAUCAGUUGAAGAUGAAACUGUAAAAUCAGUGGAAGAAGAAACUGCAAAAUCAAUGGAAGAAGAAGAAGAAGAAGCGGAGAAGUCGACAGAGAAAGGAACUGAAGAAGAAGCUAAAUCGGCAGAGGAAGAAACUGAUAAACCGAAGUCUCGUGCUAGGAGAGAAAUUGGCGGAAAGGAAGGCGAAGAAGAAGGCGAAGGAGAAGGCGAAGAAGGCGAAGGAGAUGGUGAAGGCUCGAAGGAACCAGGAGAAAGCGAAGAAGAACCUACCCCAGAGGAAGAUUUGAUUCGAGAGAUAGUGGUACCGGAGAAUUUACGACCACGUGAUCAUAUUAAUCAAUUGUUAAAACUGGAUGAAGAAAAUGAAGAGAAAGAACGAGCAAUACAGAAACACGCGGAUGUUAUACUAAAGGAACUAAAGAGGGUUUAUGACAAUGCCAUUCAACCAUUGGAGUCUUUGUAUAAAUAUAGAGACUUGAGCAAUAGACAUUUUGGUGAUCCAGAAAUAUUUUCGAAGCCAUUAGUCCUCUUCAUGGGUCCGUGGAGCGGUGGGAAAUCUUCCAUCAUAAACUAUUUGCUCGAUAUCGAGUAUAGCCAGACAUCGUUAAGAACAGGUGGUUUGAGAGAGUGCUUUGAGGAGCAAUGCAAAACGCCAAAUGGAAAUGACACAGGAGCCGAGCCAUCUCCGGCCUACUUCAAUAUUAUUAUGCACGGAGAGGAAGAGGAGAUCCUCGAUGGCACACAGUUAGCCGCCGACUGGACUUUCUCCGGAUUACAAAAAUUCGGCCAAGGAUUGCUCGAUCGUCUUAAGGGUUUACGACUUGACAAUAAAUUGCUAGAAAAAGUCAAUAUCGUCGAGAUACCAGGAAUUUUAGAAAUUCGAAAACAAGUCCAACGUUUGUUCCCGUUUAACGAUGCGUGUCAAUGGUUCAUUGACCGCGCAGACAUAAUAUUUCUAGUAUACGAUCCAUCCAAGUUAGACGUUGGGCCAGAAACAGAGGCUAUCCUUGAUCAAUUGAAAGGAAGGGAACAUCAGACACGCAUCAUUCUCAACAAAGCUGAUCAAGUAAAACCAGAAGAAUUGAUGAGAGUGCAAGGUGCUCUGAUUUGGAAUAUAUCCCCGCUGAUGUCCAGCGCUGAGCCACCGAUAAUGUACUCCACAUCAUUGUGGUCGUUACCAUACGAAGCUGGUGCACCUACCAGAUUAUUGUAUGCUCAGGAACGUGCAUUCCUACGUGACUUACGUACUGCCAUCGAUAAACGGGUCGAGCAUAAGAUAGCGAGCGCCAGAAGAUUCGCUGUACGAGUGCGCAAUCAUGCUAAAAUGGUAGACUGCUACCUAACCACGUACUAUAAUCACAAGACAUUCUUUGGAAACAAAAAAGAGAUCAGUGACAAGAUUACCGAUAAUCCACAAGAUUAUCAUAUCUACGAGGGCUUAAGUACUUUGAAGAAUAUAUCACGCUAUGACUUGCCUGAUCCAGACGUUUAUCGAGACUUCUUCCGAUUAAAUCCUCUUUACGAUUUCCCUCUACUAAGCUCUACGUGCACGUACUUCCGUGGAUGUCCGAUCAAUAGACUUGAUGUUGCCAUUGCUUACGAUUUGCCAGAGCUCGUAGGCAAAUACAAGAAAUCAGUAGAGCAAGUCAUACACGAGUAUGAAACAAGUCCUUCUAGUUGAGUGUAAUCCUACAUUCUCAGACAAAGCUCUUGAUGCCACAUGAGGUAUGAGGUGAGAGCAAAUCGUACAAAACAAAUAAGAGAAAGAGUGAAAGGAAACGAACAUUGGUGUGAGUUCAUUACUUGAAGCAGUACAGAGAAGUUUCUUUCCUGAAAUAACAAAAACCUAGGUUUGGAUCGCCUUCAGAUAAAAGUCCAACUGGAUCAAACACGAAGAGAAGAGAAUGCAAGACCUAAACAGAAUUCUCCUGGAACAUUAUUUUGCGCGAUAAUAUUAAAUAGUUCAUUUAAGGAUGAGAAGACAUACUGUGAAGUAUGAAAAUGUACUGUUGGUUUUGUAGGUAAAUAAUAUGGAUACUAAUGACACAAUAAGGAAGAUAAUACGGUUGGUUAAUGAUAUGCUUAACAUAUAUUUAAGUGUAUUAGUGGAUUGGAAUGAAUGGAAGAUUUCAAACCUGUGUUUGGAAAAUAGGACGAGUGUUACCAUUCCAAUCUAAGAAAAGAAUAGUGUGUUUCCUUUGAAUGUGUUUCAAUACAGCUUUGAUUACACAGUUAUGGAAAACAUAUCACAACAAUGGUGGGUCCUAUUGUCUAACACACAAAUAUAGAAGUUGGAAAUACAGUGAAAUCGCGCGAUAGACUUUUUUGGAACUUAGUGUAAUGAUUGUGCUAAUUGUAGCACAACACUGUGACACUUUCAGUCAUCAGAACAACAUACGAUGAAAGCAGUUACAUAUUAUAAGUAUGUAAAAUAAAAUAAAUAAAAAUAUUUCCAUUAAGAAAGAGAUAAGAAUGAUCUCUUUUUGAAGCUACAAAUCGUGUUCUUAUUAAAAGUUAUAAAUA